AUUUUUGCUUGAGCAAACGCCAACUACGACCAGCAAAGCAGCCUUUGAAGUCAAACUCAAACCUUUCUCCCUUCAUCUUCUCUCUGCUUCUCUGUCUUCACAAACACAAACAAACCCCAACAACAGAUUCUAGAAAGAUCGAUUCCCAAAUGGACGGAGCGCCACCCUCCUCCGCCGCCGGAACCGGAGGCCCGGCGCCGUUCCUUCAGAAGACCUACGACAUGGUCGACGAUUCCUCCACCGACGACAUCGUUUCUUGGAGCUCCACCAACAACAGCUUCGUCGUCUGGAACCCACCCGAGUUCGCUCGCCUCCUUCUCCCGACGUAUUUCAAACACAACAACUUCUCCAGCUUCAUCCGCCAGCUCAAUACCUACGGAUUUAGAAAAAUACAUCCUGAGCGAUGGGAGUUUGGUAAUGAUGAUUUUAUAAAAGAUCAAAAGCAUCUUCUUAAGAAUAUACACCGCAGGAAACCUAUCCACAGUCACAGUCAUCCUCCAGGUUCUCUUGUAGAUCCAGAAAGGUCAGCAUUUGAGGAAGAAAUAGAGAAACUUUUACGUGAGAAAAAUUCUCUUGAAUCCAAUAUUUUUAACUUCAUACAACAUCAGUCAACAGCAAAGCAUCGACUCGAAGAUUUUCAGCAGCGAUUAGAUGGUAUGGAGAAGAGGCAGAAACAACUGCUGAACUUCUUCGAGAAGGCUCUUCAGAAUCCUACUUUUGUUGAACAUCUUUCACGCAAAAUUGAAUCCAUGGAUUUAUCGGCUUAUAAUAAGAAAAGGCGAUUGCCUCAGGUUGAUGUUGAUCAGUUGCAGCCAGUUGUCGAAAGUAGCUCUGUUGACAAUCAUAGCAAUUUUAGAAUGGAAUUUGGGAAUGUUAUUCAUCACGAUUUCUCAAAUAAGCUCAGACUGGAAUUGUCACCAGCUGUUUCAGAUAUGAACUUAGUAUCACAUAGCACACAAAGUUCAAAUGAAGACGGAGAAAGCCCACAGAAUAAGCUGUCUGAAGGAGAACUGAAAGGAGUCCAGACGAGAACGGCUCUUGCUUUUGCACCUGAGACGUUAGAGCUUGCAGAUACUGGGACAUCUUUUACUUUUAAGAUGGAUCCAUGUUUAUCACAGAGAACGACAACUGCUGAAAGCUCGAAGCUGCACUCUAUGGAGCCAAGUAGUGAAGAAGGUGAUAGUCAUAUAUCCUGCCAACUAAAUUUAACUCUAGCGUCUUGUCCGUUACCAGCCAACAGAAACUCAUACUCAGCCAGAUCACCCCAAAUAGAUUGUCAAGAAAUUGGCAAAAUUGCUGAAUCAAGAUUUUAUGCCAGUGGUAAAGAAUCUGAUAUUGGAGUUUCCUCAAACCAAAAUGUAGCUAAUGAGGUUACCAAUUUAGCUGCUCCAACUCCAAGUAGCAACCAAGUCAGCCCAGCUGCUCCAGAUAGAGUGAAUGAUGUGUUUUGGGAACAGUUCCUUACAGAAAGACCAGGCUGUUCGGACAAUGAAGAGGCGAUAUCCAACUAUCGAGCCAACCCAUACGAUGAGCAAGAGGAAGGGAGAUCAGUUCAUGGAAUCUCUAGAAACAUUAAGGGUAUGGAUCAGCUCACACUUUGAGCAAGCUAUCUUGAAGUACUAGUUAUACUAAUGGUAUGUGAAAUUCCCAUGAUUAAUAUACUUAGUUAUGAGCCUCGACAACUAGUUGUGUUGUAAAGGGCUGAAACUUUUUCAUGCAAAAUUAUGUUUAAGUUUUGUGGCUUACUACGUAAUGUCUCUUGUGAAAAGUCUGAAAUUCAUGCUAGGCUUCAAAGAUUGAUGCGUACUAUGUUAAUCCUGACAGUGUUGUAUAUAUUAAAAGUUUAGAAUUGAAUUUUUUUUUACAUUCAA